AUGGGCAGCGGGGCUGCCCCGCUCCGCCGCCUGCUGCUCUCGCUCCUACUUCUGCCCGCCGCGGGGCCGGGCGGCCGGGGGGCCGCGCUGGUGGCCCAGGAGCCGGAGACGGCGGAGGAGCAGAUGGAGUACCGCGACCCCUGCAAAGCCGCUGCCUUUUGGGGAGAUAUUGCUUUAGAUGAAGAUGAUUUGAAGCUGUUUCAAAUAGACAGAACUGUUGACUUAAUAAAGCACUCGGAUGGCAAUGCAAGACACACAUCAGGAGGUCUGGGAGAGCAGUCUCUUGUGCCAAGUGAGAAUGCCACUUCCAUGGAUCGUAGUAGCAAAGCAGUUAAAAAGGACGGCAGGCAGAAUGCAACGCUUGUGAGGAGACCGAAGAAGAAGGCAUAUAAUGAUGAGUCUAGGAUGGAUACACGCUCCUCUCCCAGAGUACGCAGGGCAACCACAUCCAGGGCUGAGAGGAUCUGGCCAGGGGGGGUCAUCCCCUAUGUGAUCGGAGGAAAUUUCACUGGAACCCAAAGAGCUAUUUUUAAGCAAGCUAUGAGGCACUGGGAGAAGCACACGUGUGUGACAUUUGUGGAGAGAACUGAUGAAGAGAGUUUCAUUGUAUUCACAUACAGAACAUGUGGAUGCUGCUCGUAUGUGGGUCGCCGAGGAGGGGGCCCUCAGGCCAUAUCCAUUGGAAAGAACUGUGACAAGUUUGGUAUUGUGGCUCAUGAGCUGGGUCAUGUGGUUGGUUUCUGGCAUGAGCACACACGACCUGACAGGGACCAGCAUGUCACAAUCAUCAGAGAGAACAUACAGCAAGGUCAGGAAUACAACUUUUUAAAGAUGGAAGCUGGGGAAGUGAACUCUCUGGGAGAGACCUAUGACUUUGACAGCAUCAUGCACUAUGCUAGGAACACAUUCUCAAGAGGGGUUUUCCUUGACACCAUUCUCCCCCGUCGUGAUGGUAAUGGGGUCCGGCCAACUAUUGGUCAGCGUAUUCGCCUGAGUCAAGGAGACAUCGCUCAGGCGAGGAAGUUGUACAAGUGCCCAGCUUGUGGAGAGACCUUGCAGGACACAACUGGGAAUUUCUCAGCCCCUGGCUUUCCAAACGGUUACCCCUCCUAUUCCCAUUGUGUCUGGAGAAUCUCAGUGACCCCAGGGGAGAAGAUUAUGUUAAACUUCACAUCAAUGGACCUGUUUAAAAGUCGCCUUUGUUGGUAUGAUUAUAUUGAAGUGCGUGAUGGCUACUGGAGGAAGGCUCCGUUACUGGGUAGAUUUUGUGGCGACAAGAUCCCCGAACCGGUAAUUUCCACAGACAGCAGGCUGUGGAUCGAGUUCCGGAGCAGCAGUAACAUCCUAGGCAAAGGCUUCUUUGUGAUCUAUGAAGCUAUUUGUGGUGGAGAAAUUCACAAAGAUGCUGGCCAAAUCCAAUCUCCCAAUUACCCAGAUGACUACAGACCUUCCAAAGAAUGCAUCUGGAAGAUCACAGUUUCUGAGGGCUUUCACAUAGGAAUCACAUUCCAAGCCUUUGAGAUCGAAUGGCAUGACACAUGUUCUUAUGACUACCUGGAGAUCCGAGAUGGCCUCACUGAAUACAGCCCAUUGAUCGGUCACUUCUGUGGCUAUGAGAAGCCAGAAGAUGUCAAAUCCAGCUCAAAUAAGAUAUGGAUGAAGUUUGCAUCAGAUGCAACCAUCAAUAAAGCAGGCUUUGCAGCAAAUUUCUUUAAAGAAAUGGAUGAAUGUUCUCUGCCAGACAAUGGUGGGUGUGAGCAGCUGUGUGAGAACACACUGGGUAGCUACAUAUGCACCUGUGAACCUGGCUAUGAGCUGACUGCUGAUAAGAAGAGUUGUGAAGCUGCCUGUGGGGGCUUCAUCACCAAGCUCAAUGGGACCAUCACUAGCCCUGGAUGGCCCAAGGAAUAUCCUACUAACAAAAACUGCGUCUGGCAGGUGGUAGCUCCAGCCCAGUACCGGAUCUCUCUGCAGUUCGAAGUGUUUGAGCUGGAAGGCAAUGAUGUCUGUAAAUAUGACUAUGUUGAGAUUCGCAGUGGGUUGGCUUCUGACUCCAAACUGCACGGCAAAUUCUGUGGGUCAGAGAAACCUGAAGUAAUCACAUCAUACAGUAACAACAUGAGACUGGAGUUCAAAUCAGACAACACAGUCUCCAAGAAAGGGUUCAAAAUUCACUUCUUCUCUGACAAGGACGAAUGCUCCAAAGAUAAUGGUGGCUGCCAGCACGAAUGCAUCAACACCUUUGGGAGCUAUGCAUGCCAUUGCAGAAACGGGUUUGUGCUGCAUGAAAACAGCCAUGAUUGCAAAGAAGCUGGUUGCGAGCACAAACUGAGCAGUGUGGAGGGAAUGAUGAGCAGUCCAAACUGGCCUGACAAGUACCCCAGCCGGAAAGAGUGCACCUGGAAUAUCUCUGCAACACCUGGCCACCGAGUGAAAGUAACCUUCAAUGAGUUUGAAAUUGAACAGCAUCAGGAAUGUGCCUAUGACCACUUAGAAAUAUAUGAUGGGCCCAACAGCAAGUCGCCUAUCCUUGGCCGUUUCUGUGGCAGCAAGAAACCAAACCCUGUGGUGACUUCUACUAACAAGAUGUUCCUUAGGUUUUACUCUGAUGCUUCUGUACAAAGAAAAGGCUUCCAGGCAAAGCACAGCACGGAGUGUGGUGGCCUCUUAAAGGCUGAAGUACAAAGUCAGGAACUCUAUUCCCAUGCUCAGUUUGGGGACAACAACUAUCCAGGACAGUCCAACUGUGACUGGGUGAUUGUAGCUGAAGAUGGGUAUGGAGUGGAGCUGAUAUUCCAGACAUUUGAGAUUGAGGAGGAGGCUGACUGUGGGUAUGACUACAUGGAGAUCUACGAUGGUUAUGACAGCACUGCACCCCGACUGGGACGCUUCUGUGGCUCAGGGCCUUUGGAAGAAAUUUACUCUGCAGGGGAUUCCAUCAUGAUUCGAUUCCACACAGAUGACACCAUCAACAAGAAAGGCUUUCACGCCCGAUACAUAAGUACCAAAUUUCAGGAUGCACUGCACAUGAGAAAGUAG